GCCAUGGCCACAGAUUCCAGAGCUGACCACUGGGUAGUGCAGGGCCCCCUGCAGCCAAUUCCAGCAGGUCAGCCAACUCUGCCUCCCCUUCUCCAGACACCAAGCUUCUGAGCUGUCUGGCUUCCUUUUCACAGAUGGGCAGAGGCUGAAUACCCUGGGCCCCUGGGCGGCAGAGCCUGACUACCACUGUGAUGCGUAGAGCCUGAGUGUUUACUUAAUACUGUGUAACCGCACCUGAUUGGAUUGUUUGCAAAGCUGGAGGGGGAGCGUUGGAGUUCGAGGUCACAAAGGUGUAGCAAUCAGAGGAGGGCGGUGACUUGUGGUGGCGCAGUGUGGGGGUUGUGAGGGGGAGAAGCUUGGGCUCUGGUCUGAAGCCGCCUCCUCCCCCUUUCUGUCUUCCACUGCAGCCCAGGUGGCUGCACCUCUGUUCCCACAGGGAUCAGUGAGCUGGAGCCUGCAAUGACCUGCUGCAGUUCUGGAGAAUAAGCCAGCAUCACAACUUUGGGAGCGCUCAGACAGCCCUCACAGAGAAAUCCACAUGGUGCACAACUGAGGCCGACUGCUAACAACCAGCACUGCGUUUCUAGGCACACGAGUGAGUGUACUGGACAUGAAUCUGCCAGCCUCAGCCAUACCUUCAGAUGACUGCAGCCCAGCCAAGAGCUCGAUGCAGCUGCUUGUGGAAACCAGGUACACUGGCAGGACGGGGCACAGCUGUGGAGGGCUCCUUAUGAAGAUCAUGGGAGGUGGGACCUGACACUUGGACUGCCGGAUACCACAGGUAUUCUCAGGGUCCCUGCUGCUGUGUUGGUGGACUUCCUGGAGGAAGGACAGGAGUCACUGAGCCAGGAUCCUCUUGAUUCAACAAAGCAUCAGUCAUAGGGGCAGCAAUCACCCUCUAAGUGGAGAAUUCUUUUGCUCCAAUGUAACUGGGGCCUAGAGAGAAGACUUAGUGGGAGAACUGGCAGUCUUGAGCCUCCAGAGUGAGGGCUGCUGCCCCCCCUUUCCCUUGCUUUGCAAGAGGCAGACUCCUGUGUGGCUUCCUUGCAGGGUGUCCUGGUGAGCAUUUUGAGCAGGUGGGCUGCAGGAAGAGCUCGGUGUUGGCUGCCUACACUGGGGAGCUCCACAGGUGUCCACAUCACUGCACCCCAUCCUCAGCUCUGCUCCUUGGUGGAUACUUGCUAAGCUUCUGAUGUAUAUUGAACCUUUUUUUAGGGGUCAGGGAUCCCAAAGGAACAAGAUGUGCUCUCUUUCUUGAAGAGUUUUUUGUAUGGAAAGAGGAAGGACUUCAAGAAAGCAAGCAAGUCAUUGUACUAAUCAGACCGGAAUGCUAUCAGGGCCGUGACCAUGAGUGAAAGACAUGUCCGCUAUUCCUCAGAAAACGGGGCUGUGCAAGGGAGGGGUCCAGAGAGGAGCACAGGCUGUGGGAGGGCCCUCUUAUUCCCAGAUGAGAAUGAGAUCCAUGUGGUGACCACAUGCCUUUCUGAGCGCCAGAGCAACCCAGAUGGGAGAACUGCUGGGCUCUAGCCAAAGAGCCUCAUUUGCACCCCGCACUGCCAACAUCUGCUAACUCAUCUGAAACAUGAAGGGGGACCCUGUGUAGAAGCCUGGGAGGCUUCUGGGAGUGGGGGCUGGCAUGCAAGGACCCAGUGGGGAGCUGGUCCCAUGCUGCUAGCCUGGAUCUCUGCAGGGGCUCUCCACAGGCUUUGACCUGGACACCCACAAACCCUGGAUCCAGUUUUCUGCCAUCCAGGACAACAUCUUUGAAAAGACAUUUGCUACCCAGCUGUGCAGGAGGCUUGUGCCUUCAGUGACAACCUCAACAUGAGUGCCUGAUCUAUUUUUUUUUUUAAAGAUUUUUAUUUAUUUGGUUGAGAGGUAGAGUCACAGGCCGUGAGAGGGAGAGAAAGAGAAAGGUCUUCCAUAUGCCACUUGUAUAUUAUUAUUGGGUAUAGUGGAAUAUUUGAAUACAAACACAUCAUAAACUGAGCAAGCAAUAGAACUAGGCCUUCUCUUUCCUUUUCUUUGUGUUUAGAGCCUACCAGCUCCUCCAUCCCAGUUUGUUUCUUUUUUUUUAAGAUGUAUUUAUUUAUUUGUAAGGCAGAGUUACAGAAAGAGGAAGAGACAGAGAGAGAGAGGGAGAGACAGAGAGCGUUUCCACCUUCUGGUUCACUCCCCAAGGGGCCACAUGGUCUGAGCUGGGCUGAUCCAAAGCCAGGAGCCAGGAUCUUCUUCCCAGUCUCCCACGUGGUUUCAGGAGCUCAGGUACUUGGGCCAUCUUGUGCUGCUUUCCUAGGCAUGUUAGCAGGGAGCUAGAUCAAAAGUGGAGCAGCCAGGACUCAAAUCAGUGCCCAUAUGGGAUGCUGGAACUGCAGCCCCCCUACCCCCCGCACUUGAGCCCUCACCAGCUGCUCCCAAGGUGCACAUGCGCAGGGAGCUGGCCCCGGAACACAGCCUGACCCGGGAUGCCCUGGUCUCAAUCCCCGCACAAAACACGGGCCCUGAGGUCCCCACUGGAUGCGGCGCCCAGCGCUCAGGUCGGAGCUCAGCGGUCGAACCCGAGAGGGGAGCACUAUGUGCGGGACCCCAGGGCAGGCCAGGAGGACUCCCGCUCCCCCAUCAGAUCCCGGGUUGCAGCCCAAGCUCUGCUCUGGACUCUGGCUGCAGGGGUGGCUUGGGUACUCCCGGCCAGCACGGGGAGACCCCAAUGGCGCUCCCGCCCCAGAACUGCGGGCCUGGGGAGUGACCCGGAAGGAAGUUGGGUCUGACUUCCGCCCCCAGCACUGUGUCUUCCAUGGCACAGCUGUGGACCCCAGUUCCUGCGCUGCUGUCAGCAAUGUGGCUCUGCUGAGGGGUGGGGGACACAGAGCAGCCCACCUUGACCCCCUGGGCCUCUGGCUGUUCACUUCAGUUGAAGGGGAAGAGACCCAGGAAGUGUCAGGAGUCAAGUAUACCGGAGGUGCAAUCACGGAAGGCUUUCUGGUCACCCAUGAAGGGGAGGCUCCCCGGGUACCCGUGGUCACCCGUGGAGGUGAGGCCCCUCCCAGGUACCCAUGCUCACCCACGGAGUUGAGGCCACCCCAUUACCACGUGCUCACAAACGGAGGUGAGGCCUCCUCAGUUACCAUGUGGUCACCCACGGAGGUCAGACACCCCCCGGGUACCCGUGGUCACCCAUGGAGGUGAGGCCCCCCAGUUACCACGUGCUCACCCAUGGAGGUGAAGCCACCCUGGGUACUAGUGCUCACCCACAGAGGUGAGACUCCUGGGUACCCACAGAGGUCGGACCCUCCCAGGUACCUGUGGUCACCCACGGAGGUCAGACCACCCCCCCGGGUAUCCGUGGUCACACAUGGAGGUGAGCCCCCCCAGGUACCCAUGGUCACCCGGGCGCCAGACCCCCUGCUGGGCCCGGAAGACCUUCCGUGCCCCUGCUUGGCUCAGAGCCCAGCGACGGCCGCCCUCACAGGCUACUAAGGCGAGGGCCUCAACGCCAUCAUGGUCUAUGCUGCCAGCUUCCUCCCAGACAGCAGCUGCCAGGACUACCACUACGUCCUGGAGAACCACUUCCAGUGAGCGGUCGGGGAGGGGCCAGGAUGGGCAGGGCAGGCGGGGUGGGGCCAGCAGGGCCGGGCAGGUACCGCUUGCCCGGGCUCCCCCUGCUGGCCCACUCUCAAGGCCUGGGCCUUUCUUGGGCCCCGGGGCUCCGCAGCCACCAGCACCACACACAUCCAUCACUAACACCAUCAACAUCACAUUAUCAUCACCACGAAUACCGUGAACACCCUCACCGUCACCAGAGCCAUAGCCAGACCGGUCCUGCGGGGGCCCGAGGGGCUGCAACAUGGCCCCCUCCCCAGAGCCCCAAGGCCCCCUCCUCCAGAGUCCCCGGCCCCCUCCCCAGUGCCCCCCGCCCCUCCCCAGAGCCCCCUGGCCCCCUCCCCAGAGCUCCCCCCCUCCCCAGCGCCCGCGGCCCCCCGAGCUCCGCGCCUUGCCCGAGCGGGGACCCCCGGAUCCCCAAGGACCGCGGGGGAGGCCUGGGCCUGGCCAGGCGCGGCCGCCCUGACCCCGACGCCUUGGCCCGCGCAGCUACAUCUUCCGCAGCCUGGAGUCCUGGUGGCCGAGGACUACGGGAUCCUGUACCUGAAUGGCGCCACGCCAGCGCAGGAUGCCGGCGGGCUCAGGAAGCUACCAGAGAACAGGAGGCGAGGGAGCUGGCGCAGGCGGGCUCUGCACUCGGGCCUGCCCGGCCCCUCAGCUGCCCUUGGCUUGUGGACGCAGCUCCCGGCGCCGCCCCUGCCACCCUAAAAUCUGUUUCUGGCCACCGCCUACCAAAUCUGCUUUCUGUUCAUCUCUACCUCCUCAAUUUCUAGCAGGUGGAGAAAUGGGAGCUGGAAAACCUUCCGGGUCUGUUCUCUCCUGAGUUUUUUCUUUGGCUGUCCCAGUUGUUAGCAUGGAGACUUGCUCACCAACAGAAAACUCCAUUUUAUGAAAAUGCUAGCAUGUAACUAAAUGGUUUAUGCAUUUUAGGAUUUUCUGUCAGUUUUAUAAUUUUUUUGGAGAACGAAUGAUCUGUUUAAUCAUGAGGAACUAUUGUUUCAUAACUAAACUUUACAAUAUAUAUUCUGAGAACUUAUAUUUAUACUUAAUAUAUAUGUUAUAUAUAUUAUAUUGGCAUUGAUUAGCAUUUUCAGUUUCUUUAGUAAAAGUAUUUUUAUUCUACAGACGAAGUUGAAAUGUAUAAAUUUGUAAGAAAAAAACCUGUACUAUACUCAUUUAUUCUUCUUAGUAAUUACAUUGAUAGCAUUAUUAUGCAAAUUAGGAGUACUGUUGGUUUAUAUUGUGGCUUCAAGAUGAGUAUUUUUCCUAAAAGAAGUACAGAAGAUAAUUUAGGGAAGGGGCAAGGGGACAUUUUAUUUUUGGCUAAUAUACUGCAUAGAACUGUUACACAGCUGUUUCUUAACUGAAAUGUUGCUUUGUAAUCUCCAUUAUUUUAGUGUGUUUUUUAAUU